AUGCUGGGAUGGGGCAAGAUGGGGGGAGGUGGGGAUGAGGAGGGGGAGGAGGAGGAGGAGGAGGAGGAGGAGGAGGAGGAGGAGGAGGAGGAGGAGGAGGGUGAGGAGGAGGAGGAGGAGGAGGAGGAGGAGGAGGAGGAGGAGGAAGAGCAGGGGGAGGAGGAGGGGGGAAGAAGGGGGAGAAAAGGAGGAGAGGAAGAGGAAUUGGAAGGGGCCGCACAGCCCACCAGAGCAGAGCUCCCCCUGGCCGUCGUCAGACCCGCAGAUGGCACAGGCGGAGGCGGGGCGCUGCAGCAGACCGGAGGAGCGGCAGUAAGACGAGGAGAGGAAGCAGUUGUGGUCGGCGGAACAACUCUUAAGAGAGAGCUGGGGGAAGGAUCCCGAGAGGUAGUUAAAGCCCACGUCCAGAGCGACCAGGGAGGUGGAGGGGAUGGGCAUGGUGCCCGUGAGGUAGUUGGAGAAGAGGCCCCUGGGAGAAGUGGGAGAGGGUUGGGGUGGAAGGGUAUUGAUUGA